CUUAACCUCACUUACAACUGUCAAUUUGUUUUGUUGUUUUCCCUGUAAUUUUAACGAAAUAAACCAAAAUGAUUGGUAAUAGAUAUUUAAAUAGGGUUUUUCUAUCGGCAGACGUGUACGCUAUAUGCUUGCAACAUGCUUUAACAACGGAAAAACAAGAAAUAAUGGGGUUACUCAUAGGAGAGGUUAACGAAGAGAAUUGUACUUCGUAUAUUUCCGCAUGUGUUAUUCUACAUAGAAGCGAUAAACAACCUGAUAGAGUUGAGAUAUCACCCGAGCAGCUUUGUACAGCCUCCGAACAUGCUGAAAUGUUGGCUAAAAAGUUGAAUAGGCCUAUGAGGGUGUUGGGUUGGUACCAUUCGCAUCCACAUAUCACUGUGUGGCCCAGUCAUGUUGAUAUUCGUACUCAGGGCACUUACCAAAUAAUGGAUCCCUUAUUUGUGGGUUUAAUUUUCUCCGUCUACCAAAAUGAUACCAACGCCAAAACGAAUAAAGUCCAGUUAACUUGCUUUCAAGCUUCCAAAAGCCACAGUAAUGAUUUGGAACGCCGCAAUGUGGAACUAAUAAUAAACAACACAAAAUUUAACAACUACAACAUGAAAGGUAUCACAAACUUAUCCAGGAUUUUAAUCCAGGAAGAAGUUGAGUCAUACGAUGUAGAAGAUGGUAAUAAGGAUGUGUUAGCUUCAUUGCAUAAUGAUGCUUUUAAAACCAUGGCAUUAGCUCACAUUGUUUCCAAGGUUUCCAGGCCUUUGUGUGAUGAUUUGGAGGAAAGGUUGAAGAUGACAAACUUGAGGAUAAAUGAGUUACUUAAGUUGAAGAAGCAGUUAGAGUGUUAGGUAAUGUUAAGAGUAGUUUUUAAGAUGAAAUAUUAUAUAGAUAAAAUACUUAAUAAAAAGGUUUUUUGUCCAAAAUUUAUUAUCAGUAAUUUGCAAACUUAAAUAAAUCAAUCAAUGUUAAAUAAUUUUUUUUUAUACAGUGGUCUACUUAAUUUGGCAACAUAUUGGA